GUCCUGAGGAAAGCAGAGUGAUGUGAGAGAUGCCGCUGUGAGGGUCGCACACACUACACUUGGAUCUCUGCCUAUUAGCCUUUGUACAUGGCAUAAGGCUACUGGGAAUUUUUUGUUUCUUUUCCCUCUCAUUUGUAUGUGCUUUGUCAGCCAAAAGAAACCAAGGAACCCAGGACUAUGAGUGCAGAGUGUUCUAGUUAUACUACAGCCGAGAAGGUGGUGGUAGGUGCUUUCAGCUGUCCCAAGGCAGACAGUGACAUGGGUGCCAUAUACUGCUGUGGAUUUAAGGACAUAAAGUAUUGCUGUGAUGAUCCUAAUAGUUUUUUCCCGUACGAGCACAGCUACAUGUGGUGGUUGAGUGUGGGAGCUCUUGUGGGCCUGUCCAUAGCAGCUGUGGUACUACUGGCAUUUAUCAUUACUGUGUGUGUUCUCUGCUAUCUGUUUAUCAGCAACAAACCACACAACAAGCUGGACACCGGUUUGAGCCUACAGACAGCAGGGACAGAACAAAAUUCCUUAGAAGGCCCCAGCAGAUCCAGCCAAUCAGUUGCACCCAAUGGUUUCAAACGUCAUUUUUUGAGCCAUAAACUGGACUGUGACAACCAACCGCAAGAUCCAGACAGGCUGUUUCAGAGGUGUUUCCUUGCUACUGUGACCACCAUCAAUGUACAGGGGCCUUCUUGAGCAGUGUUCUCAGCAUAAAAUGUCAUCAUGGUUUAAAUUUGAAAGAAACACCUGCUUGGCUACAGACUGCAACAGCUGGUGCCCUGAACACAAAUCCCCUUGCAUUUCAUCAAUAAACAUUUCUAAUGGC